GAGAGAGAGAGAGAGAGAGAUGGAGAACAAGCAUUUUAGUCACCCCCACAACUUAAGCCUCCAUGAAAUUCCAGAAGAGGCAAAAAUUGUUUGCUCUGGUUGUAACUUGCCAUGCUCAGGUCUAGUUUAUGUCUGCAGGCAAUGCAAUUACUUCCUUCAUGAACAAUGCUUUUGUGCAAGUCGCUCCAUCAAACACCCAUCCCAUCCACUUCAUCCUUUAACCCUCAUACCAUAUCCAACUUACAUGUCUGGAUCCUUCUUGUGCGAUUCAUGCGGUCAAAUUGGAACUGGGUUUUCUUUUAGCUGCUCCAGUUGUGACUUUGACCUCCAUGUCCAUUGUGCUUGUACUUCUCAAAAUUCAAGCACGGUGGACACUGAUUCGCAAACAGAGGUGACAGGGUCUAAGCAGAUCGAACACAAGUCCCACGCCAAGCACCCCCUCACACUUCUGUCAAAUCGUGAGUUCAUUUGUAAUGCUUGUCGCGAAUAUGGAAGGGACUCAGGAUACAAUUGCUCCGCAUGUGAUUUUGAUCUCCACGUUGAAUGUGCUUCCUUGAAUGAAAAAGUGAAUCGCGAAGAUCACGAACACCCUCUCACUCUGUACUAUUCGUUUCCAAGUCCAUACAAUAGCAAGGAUAUGUGCUUUGAGUGCGAUGUCUGUCGUUGCAAAGUUUCGAAGGACUGUUGGCUUUAUUGCUGUGUAGAUUGUGAUUAUGGAACUCAUGUGAAUUGUGUAUUGGCUAAGGCACGAUCGAAAGAAGAAGUGAAACUUGAAGGAAUCCUUGCGAUUCAACAAGCACAGUACAAACUUCAAUAUCAAAUGCAACUUAACAGCUUAAUAGCACUGUCAGGACAGGCAGCGGUGCAGCUAACAAGGAAUUAGGAACACGUGCAACCUGACUUUUCAAUAAUAUUUUUUUUUAC